AUGCCAUCAACACAGAUAAGGAACAGUAAAACAAGGACAUCCUUGAAUGGAAAGUAUUCCAAGCAAGUUCAAAACAAAUCAAAUGGGCCUGUUGUUGAUAGUCUACAAUUGGAGAACUUAUUACUUAGAGAUGAAGAUAUUUUCCAAACCACACUCAAUUCAGAGGACUACUUGGAGAGUCUAGCACCUAUCAUGAAAGAUGCAAUAAAGUCUAAUGGGUUGAGUGAAUUGCUUGUGAAAUUGAAUGAAAUUGUGAAGUCAAAAGACGAGGAAUUAAAUCAAGCUUCGAUGGAGUCCAUGGAUGAAAUCAAUACAUGUAUCAACACCAUCGACAAUAUCCACAAGGAAGCCAAUGAGUUGAAUAAACAAUUUAUUCAAGUGAGCUCAAGUUUAAAUAAAUCAGCCUAUGAAUUGAUGUCAAAGAAAAAGAACUACGUAAAGUAUAAAGAUGUUUGCGAACGAAUUAACGAAACACAAGUGGUGUUGAAUGAGUGUAUUCAAGUAUUAGAAUUGAUGAAUAAAAUUUUAGAAUUGAUUAGACAAACUAAAUAUUUCCUGGCUUUGAAAUUAAUAGAUGAAAUCAUCAACAUUCAUAUACAAAAAGUUGAGGAUUUCAGCUUCGCCAAAAAAAUAGUUGAUUCGAUCCCUCAUUUGACAAAAAUGGUUAAAGACGAGUCAUUUGAAAACUUGUGUAAAUGGUUGUCGAUAAAUUUAGAGCGGAAAUUACAGGAUAUUGCCAGUGGACUAUACAAUAAUUUGGAUGAAUUGCAAAAUAACUGGUCAAAAAUCAAAAAGGAAAAUGGACCAACGUUUUUACCUUACAAAAUAAAUUCUCCUGUUGAGUUAGCACUUAGGGAUCCUGAAUUGAAUUACAAUGUUUUUGAGGAUGUGAGUUUACAAAUAAACUUAAAUGCUGUCUACGACGCCGUGUUAGUAUAUCAAACUUUACAAGAGUUGGAUACUUUGAGUUCUGCCUAUCAUAAAGAAUGGAUGUCCAAAUACAGCAGGGUCAUUUAUCCGAUAACUACUGCAUCAGUGAGUAAAAAAGAUGUGGUGUUUGACAAUAACGAAUUAUAUGAAUACUUGAGGAAGAUAGCAGCAUUUUUUGUUACCGAUAAGCAAUUGAAUCUUAUAACCAAAUUUCAGUUAAGAUCAAACACUCAAGCUGAUGAAUUGUGGUUAUCUUACAUGACAAAGUUGAAACCAGUGUUGAUUCAACUUUUGAAACAUCACAACUUUACCAAUAUACAAGAAUUGGGUUCAUUUAAAACAAUUGUUGGUGAAUUUUUACAAAUUAUGGAUAAUCACGAUUAUGAUAUCAGUGAGUUAUACGAAGUGAUGAUGAUGAUUUUCAAAGAAUACUAUGCACCAUUAACGAUACAGACAUUCCGGAAACAGUUUGUGGCAUCCAUACAAUCCGAUCGUUAUCGACCACUUACAGUCACGGAUGAAGCCGAUUAUACUGCGAUUAUGCAAAAUGUGUGGUACAAAGAUGAUGCAUCAUUUGCUCCAGCAUAUGUUAAGAGCUUCCCAGUGACAUUCCCCUUUAGUGAAGAUUAUGUCCAUUACUGUAUACAAGUGAGACGAUUGCUUAAAGAUGUCUUGCGGUUUAUUGGUGAUUAUUAUAAUUAUGAAAUUGGGGAAUUGACCAACACCAUAGUCAAUAACAUUAUUGAAGUGGUGUUAAGUGAUGAAAAGGGAUAUGGUAUUGCUUAUGAAAUUGAAGAGUUUAUUACCAGAAAUGAGAAUAAUAAAGAAAUCACAGCCCAGACUUAUACCAACUUGGAAUAUUAUUUGUUUAGUUUGUAUGAGAUUGGCAAAUUGGUCAAUCGUGAAUUGCGUAAACAUACUGGUAUGGGUGUGCACAAUAUAGAUGCUAACGACACAUUUACUUUACGUGCUGUUGAAACAUUUAAUAAACUUAAAAAACAUGCUGAAGAGACUGUUUUCAAGAUGGUGGAUAAUAAAAUUAAUGAAUUAUUGGAUAUGGUUGAAUAUGACGAGUAUUUGCCUGUGGAAAAGAACGACGAAGCCAAUUUUGCCAUUAAAGAUUUUGCGUUAUUUUUGGAGAAUUUGUUUACAUCAAUCUUCAACAAUUUACCACUGCAAUUGCGUACAUUGGGGCUUUUCAGGACUUAUGAUUUUGUUUCUGAAUAUUUUUUAAAUGUGUUGAAAGAUGCAAAUGUGUACAAUAGAAUAUUUGUUGCCAAUUUCGAUUUGGAUAUUCAGUACUUGGAAACCUCGUUGAGGAAUUUACAUGGGUUUAAAGAAGACGGCGAUGAAGCCAAUGGUAAUGGAGGUAACGUUGCUUUGGAAUCUACAUUCACUGAAUUGAGGCAAUGUAUUGAUUUGUUGAAUUUAGAAGAUUAUGAGGAAUUCAUUAAUGACUCUUCAUUUAGAAUGAGACGCUUUGAUAGAGUGAAAUAUGAAGAUGGUAUAAAUUUGAUUAAAAAAAUGCAAGAUAACGAAUCUAAACAACAAACAUCGGUAUCAGCAAUGUCUGAAAGAGGAACCAUUGGUGGUGUUAUCCCUAACUCCAGUUCAACAAGAAGUUUUGUGAACAUGUUGAGUAAUUUGUCAACUGAUGAUGCAGGCAACACUUCUAGUGGGAGUAUCGAAUCGACCAGUACUACUUCAAAAUUAGCUCAGUUUACUACUAGGUUCAAACAGAACAAAUAG